UUGGUUGCUUUGGCUGCUCAUAUUGUUUCCGGUUAGAGUGAUUGAACUUUGUCAUUGAGCUGCAUUGCCCACAGGUAACAAGUGACUAGUUUUUGCUUUCAAUGAACUGUUUUCUGCUACUCGACAAAUGCAACCGUAGACCAUCUGUAUGAGUUGCAAUUGUGGUAAAAGAUAUAAAAAUGACCAAAUACUUGUGUGGUUCUAUUUUUAAUGUCAGUGACCUAUUAUAGAUGUUGGGUGCGGGCGCGACAUGUUAUUAGUGUAUUAGUCAAUCAUAAUGCAUUACGUAGUAUUUUUUAAAUAAUUGAUCCACCUAUUUAUAAAAUUAGUGAUAACGAAAUAAUAUGUGCAUUCCAAUAUCAUGAUUAACAAUAUUUAAGAGUGUUAAUAUUUAAGAAUGCAUUACCUAGUAUUUUUGAAAAAAUUGAUCCACCUAUUUAUAAAAUUAGUAAUAGCAAAUUAAUAUGUACAUGGUAAUUGGAUGAGUACAUUAAUGGCAUGUUAAUAUUUAAGAAUAGCAUUACGUAGUUUUUUAAAAAAAAUUGAUCUACCUAUUUAUAAAAUUAGUGAUAACGAAAUAAUGUAUGUGGUAAUUGAACGAGUACAUUAAUGACAUGUCGCAACUGGCACAUCAUAUCAUGGUUAUAUUUAUAAAAGUGUUAAUGUUUAAGAAUGUUUUGGUGUACCAAUCAAUGUAUGUAGUUUGUCAAUUUUUCGGUGCAACACGCUGCCCGCCCCAUUCCUGAGUUCCAAUGUAAGUCCAUUUUAUCAUAUGGAGUACAUUAAUUGGGUGCAUUAUCAGGAAACAAUUACACUAAAAAAAUCAUGUCAAGACUUUCUUUUAAUUUAAUUAAUUUAAAUUAAGCCAUUUAAAUUUCGGAUGCUUGCUUGAACAAAUAAUUAAAUUCAUCAUGUAAAAAUAAUAAUAAUGAGACAAAAAAAAAAAAGAAGAAGCAAACAAACAAAUUUUACUCACAUCACGAUUGGAGAUCAUAUCUAAUAGCUUCUCCAGCUCUCAAAGGUUUUAGACCUACCACAUAAUUUAAAUUUAAUUAAUUAUUUUGUUUUCUAUGAAACAGCUUGAUCUCUCACAUUCGGGCAUAAUGGUUGUGAAUUGAGUUUUCAUUAAUUAAAUCUGAAUCAUAUUAUAAGAAUUGAUACAAGAAUUGUGCCACGAGUCAUAUCUAAGUCAAUUACUGGACCAAGGGUCGGCCUCAGGUUAGGAAAAGAAACCAAGUCCAUAUUAGCAAAUAUCCCAUAUACAGACACAGCUCACUCCCGCCCUUUCAAGAAGUUGAGAAGCAGGGGAAAUGGAGCCGUGGGAAGCAUUGGACAUUGACGAUUCUGACCUCCCUUCUCUCCUCCCUCCGAAGUCCGUCCUUGCAAGCGUCAAAACCAUUCCCUCAAUCAAACAACCCAGAAUCUCUCUCUAUCAUACUAGAAUAAAGAAUAACUGAAAUUUAUUCAAUUUCUUGUUAAUUACCUUAAUUGAAUGAAUUAUAAAAUAAUAUAUUUAAAAUAAUAAUAAUAAUAAAUCUCUCCACAUGGUCUCCAUAACUAAAUGGACAAAAUCUGUACGCGUUCAAAAUUUGUGAUAUUGGAAGAUCCUAAAACUACGCACGAGGAAUUGGUGAUCGAAAUGGAGAGAUCCUAAAAUAUAUCUCUCCAUAAUAUUAUGUAUGGCAAUGCUGGAUGAGAAAGCAACAUAAUGGAUGUAUAUGACCAGUACUGACGUAGUAUUGACCGAUAAUUAAAACAAAUUUUUUUUAUUUGCAUGGGAAAGCAGAACUCGUGGUUGUGAUUUUAGUGAUGUGUGUUUUUUGGGAUGAUGAUAAUCGUCCUCAUCUAACAUUUCCCUCUGCAUCUGAACAAUGAGGUUGGGCCUUCACACCAAAAUGAUGUGUGUCAUAAUUAACCCAACAAACAGCGUAUAAAGCCAGUACUCUGUUUCACUAAACCCUAAUUUGAUCAUUUUAAGUUUGAAUUUGAAAAUUUGUCCAGAUUCGGUAAAGUGAGUCCUGGAUCUAAUAGGAUCUCCGGUCAUACAUUAUGGUCCAUUUUUCGGCAGGUGAGAUUGAGAAGCAUACACAUGCACUCUUUAUUUAUUUUCAGUGAACCAUUGAGUUGGGUCAUCAGCUAAGAAACAAAUAUACUUAAAGGUGAUGUGUCCGUAGGUGAAUACAGCUUAGACAUAUAUGAAAUAAAUAAUUUUCAAAUUAAAUAUUUUAUUUUCAAAUUGAAUGACACGCAAAUAAAAAAAAUAAUAAUGAUAAUUAAUACACCCAACAAGCAUUAUAUAAACCUAGUACUCGAUCUUAUCUUACUACCAAAACUCAUCACAACACUAGCACUUCCUAGACAGGUUUAAUUAGGCCUUUCAUUUUCAUGGAACCCUCAUUCCCUUCCCAAAGAACCUCAUUGGACAAAGAGGAGGAAUCAUCUCCAAAUGGCCAUGAAAGCAGAUACAGAGACAUCAUCUCUACUCUCCCUAAAGAUGAUAGUUGGAAACCCUUAGGCUUUCAUUACCAAUAUCAAGGCUUUUGGUAUUUUCCGGCCACCUUCUUAGAAGGAAUCAUGUCUGCUCAAGAACAAUUCGAGGCUCAGCCUAGUGACAUACUGGUGAGCAGUGUCCCAAAAUCCGGCACCACCUGGCUUAAAGCCUUGACUUAUGCUAUCGUUACUCGAGCUCGUUUUGAUCCCUCCACCACCAGCCCUUUACUCACCACCAUGCCACAUGAAUGCAUCCCAACGGUGGAGGGUGACCUCUUUCACAACUCAACAAACCGAGACCCUCAACUUCCACUCGUGGCCACACACAUUCCCUAUACAUCCUUACCAAAGUCCAUUAUGGAUUCGGGUUGUAAAAUUGUUUACAUUUUUCGGGAUCCCAAGGAUGCAUUUGUUUCACUAUGGCAUUUUGCUGGUAGGUAUAUUGCUCCAAAGGACCAUAGAGAAGAAUAUUGUCCUUUAGAGGAGGCUUUUAAGUUGUUCUGCAAAGGAAUGUCUUUCUAUGGACCCUAUUGGGAUCAUGUUAUAGGGUACUGGAAAGCGAGCUUGGAAUGGCCCGGGAGGGUACUCAUCCUGAAAUAUGAAGAUGUUAUGAGAGACACCGAAUUUCAUGUGAAAAGAUUGGCCGAGUUCAUGGGGUAUGGUUUCUCAUUAGAGGAAGAAAAGGAAGGUAUGGUGCAAAAAAUCAUAAACUUGUGUAGUUUUGAAAAUUUGAGCAACUUGAGUGUUAACAAGACCGGAAUGCAUCGCUUACGUAGCUCUAGCUUGCUGGAGAUAGAAAAGAGUUCAUUCUUUAGGAAAGGGAAGGUCGGGGACUGGAAGAAUCAUUUGAGUGCAGAAAUGGCGGAGGAGAUGGAUCGGAUCACUGACCACAAGUUUGGCAGCGUAGGCUUGCGUUGAAACGAUGAGUGCAGAGUUGGCUGAAGAGAAGAUUGGCAAUUGUGGCUUGACAUGCCGUUAAUUCAUCGAUGGCAUAACCAUGAGCUCAUUUAGCUUUGGGUUCUUGCGUGUAUAUCAACCAUUUUUCAUUAUUAUGCUGCAUUUAUUUUUUAUUUGUAAUGUUCUCCAAUCUGCUUUAAUUAUGUAACCAAAACAAUUGGUAUUUUGAUGUUUACAAGUGUUGCUUUGCGUGUUGAUUCAA